AGAAAACACAACACACCAGAGGAGCCCUAAUGGGAUGCACUUGGAGCUCCGGACGCACAUGUAGAUAGAGAUCGAUUCCUGUCUGAGCCCUGCCGAGGGGGGAAGCCUAUCCAGUGGGAUAUUACCAUCACCUGGAGAGAGAGAGAGAAAGAGAGAGAGAGAGAGAGAGAGAGAGAGAGAGAGAGAGAGAGAGAGCAGGUUCCUUCUCAACCAGCGGGCUCUAAUAGAGCCGGUCUACAGCUCCAAAUUCUUUGAUUGGAUUUCCGAAUCAUUCACAAAUCAACUGUUUCUGACAUUCAAACUUCACAUUGGUGUCGUAGGAUGUGUACAUUUUGCAAGCUUGGGAUUUUGGUGGUCUUUUGGUGAGGCACUAUAUAAACACCCCACGCCAGUGAGACAGGAGCCCGCGUCUGGACGACUACCAUGCACUGACAACAAGGCAUGGAAAGCAUCAGCCGCGAGACCCUCUGGGACGGGCUAGGGCUCUUCUCCACGGUGGACGCCGAAGGGACCAACGCCUCCUCCUUCCUGUCCCAGCUGACCUCCCUCAACACGACGCACGUCGGCGGCGAUGGCUCCCUCCUCGGCGUGUUUCCGGGGAACGCCUCCACGGCCACCCCUCACACGCUGGCCCAGCCCCGGGUGAGGGACGCGGGCCUGGCACGUGCCGAGAUCACCGUGCUGUCCCUGAUCCUGGCCCUCACCACCCUGGGCAACGGCUUCGUGCUGUGGGUGCUGCUGCGGCGGAGGAAGCAGAACGCGCCCAUGCACCUGUUCAUGGUCAACCUGUGCGUGGCCGAUCUGGUGGUGGCCUUCUUUCAGGUGCUGCCCCAGUUGGUGUGGGACAUCACGGAGAGGUUCCAGGGCCCCGACCUGCUUUGCCGGUCCGUCAAGUACAUGCAGAUCGUCGGCAUGUUUGCGUCGCCCUACAUGAUAGUUGCCAUGACGGUGGACCGCUACUACGCCAUCUGCUGCCCGCUGCAGGCCUAUCGAGGGGGGACCAUGUCCCGCUGGAACACCCCCAUUAUGGUGGCCUGGGCCCUGGCACUGGUCUUAAGCAUACCGCAGGUGUUCAUCUUCUCCCGCACCGAGCUGCCCUCUGGGGAGUACGACUGUUGGGGCCAAUUUGCGGAGACGUGGGGCCUCAAGGCCUACGUCACCUGGAUGACCGUGGCCGUCUUCAUCCUGCCAGCGCUCAUCAUCACCGUCUGCCAGAUAAGAAUCUUCCGGGAGAUCCACAACAACAUCUACCUUAAGUCGGAGAGGAUUGUGACGGCGGAGCUGAAGAAGAACGCCGUUCUCUUCCGCUUCCAGAGCUUUAAGAAGGACGCGGAGCGGGCCCGCGAGCGAGCCAGGCAGGGGUCCAGCGGAGGAGGUAAAGGAGCACCGCUUCUGAAGGCGGUGCAUAACAACACCUCCGGCUCCCACGCACCCAGCAGUAAGGCGGGGGAAUGCUACGACGUUGCCGCCCCGACCGCCCAGUACGGCAACAGUUGUCAGGGGGAGCAAACGACGAUAUCUUCGGCGACGAGAGAACGACAACCCCCGUGUCGCUCCGAGAGCCACGCCGGGACCCCCAGUCCGCCCGGGGGGUCUCCGUCACAGGACAGCAACGGCUGCCCCUGCGAAGAGCCCUCCUGCCAGGCCAUCGACGAGACCGCCGGCCGUCCCGGUGGGGUGUCCCCCCGGUGCUCCACGGACUACGUCCCGCCCCUGCCCCCCAGCCAGCAGCCCCCCAGCAUCACCAAGGCCAUGACCAAGACCGUGAGGAUGACGCUGGUCAUCGUCCUGGUGUACACCGUCUGCUGGUCGCCCUACUUCAUCGUCCAGCUGUGGGCGGCGUGGGACCCCAAACCUCCAGGCGAAGGCGUGGCCUUCACCAUCCUGAUGCUGCUGGCCAGCCUCAACUCGUGCACCAACCCCUGGAUCUACACGGCCUUCUCCAGCAGCGUGUCUAGAGAGCUGCAGAGCCUGCUGCGCUGCCGACCACGGGCCAGCCGCCGGGGCUCGCUGCCCGACGACUCCACCACCACACACACCUCCAUCACCAAGGAUACCGUCUACUAACUCAACCACGCUCACACACACACACACACACACACACACACACACACACACACACACACACACACACACACACACACACACACACACACACACACACACACACACACACACACACACGCGCAAACACUCCACCACCACCACCAUCGUCCCCAUCACCUCCCGGGCCCCCGGCCCCAGCAGACGGGGUGGAUGAUAAAGAGCCGCUUGUACGGUCUCCGGGGGGGGGGGAUCCGUAACGAGCAUCACCUGUCGCUACAGCCCUGCACCGAGGGGACCUUGGGGUGGGGGGGGGGGCAGCGAGCGGGAACACCGGCG